AACCCUCAUCAUGGUUUCCGUUUUUAGUUCUUAUCCCAAACAGGAUGCAUGAGCAUGAACGUUAGUCUGAGAGCCGCACCACUUGUUUUUGGCUACGAAUGGACAACCACAUAUUGGCCACGAUUUACCCUCCGAAACGUCUAUUUAGUGAUCUCUUUGGCCAUAAUGUUGUGGAUUGUUCUGCUGCAGCUUUUCAACAGCUUCGAGGGUUCAUCUGGAACUGAACACGAGACGCUGUGCACCUCCAACGUCUGCCUCACCCUGCACAUGGACCGAGUGAGCUUCAAGAAGGCCGGUCAGAACUGUGUCCACAACGGAGGGAACCUGAUGACGGUCAGAAACCUGAAGGAAGAGGAUGUGCUGCUCUCGCUUCUCUCGCGGAUCCAGAGACAACCUCGGGACAGGCUGCUCACCUUUUGGAUCGGAUUAAAACUGCACCGAGGCGACUGUGUGUUGGUCCACAAGAGUCUCAAGGGGUUUUCGUGGGUCUCUGGACAGAAAGAUUCCAACUACUCCAACUGGGGGAAAGAACCCGUCACCACAUGCACGGAGGAGAGAUGUGCAAAGGUUUAUUACACUCCCUCGGGUCAGAACCAACUGAAAUGGACUGCUGGACCUUGCAGAAACCCUUCUUUCUACGCAUGUAAGUUUUAUUUCCAGGGAAUGUGCAGACCGUUGGCUCUAUUGGGUUCUGGACAAAUCACCUACAGGGUGCCCUUCUCCGAAGAGCCACAAAGAAGUGAGAUGCAACUAUUUCCGUUCGGAACAUACGCCGAUAUCUCAUGCAGCGACCGACAGUCUCAUUACUCCGUGUGCAUGGGGAACGACGACAGUUGGACCGCCCCUGGUCCGUUCUGCGCGACAGGAACGCGUCAUUGCAUGCAGAACAACGGCGGAUGUGAACAUGCGUGCCGCCAGAACGCAGAUGAAGUUUGGUGCUUUUGCAAAGAAGGUUACGACCUGGAUGAGGAUGGACUCACUUGCAGGAUAAAAGUGGCGUGCGGCCCAGAAACCUGCGAGCAUCAGUGCGUAACGAGGGAAUCUGGGUAUUCCUGCACGUGCCCAGACGGGUUCCAACUAGACGCCAACCGGCGUAACUGCUCCGACAUCGACGAGUGCCAGACCCAAGCCUGUGCGCAUCACCUGUGCCUCAACACGCACGGCGGUUACACCUGUGCGUGUCGAGCCGGCUACGCCGUGGUCGACGGUGUGUGCGUGGAUGUCGACGAGUGCGCUCGCCCCAGCUGCGAGCACGCCUGCUCGAACGGCGCCGGGUCCUUCUCGUGCUCCUGCAAUGACGGCUUUGCGUUGUCCGAGGACGGCCACUCGUGCGUGGACAUUAACGAAUGCGCGAGUCGCCUCUGCCAGUUCCAGUGCGUCAACGCGGAAGGCAGCUUCUGGUGCACGUGCCCACGCGGCUUCCACGUGGAGGCCGACGGAUCGACGUGCGCUCCAGAUGGGACGGAAGCGUCGGCGGCUUCAUCCGAUGACGCGGCUGGCGACGCUGCAGCUGGGGAUACAGCUUCAUCCAUUGACACAGCAUCUGAAGGCGUGGCAUCUAUAGACGUGGCAUCUGAAGGCGUGGCAUCUAUAGACGUGGCAUCUGAAGGCGUGGCAUCUAUAGACGUGGCAUUGGUUAACGUGACAUCUGAUGAUGUGGCAUCCGAGGACGCGGCAUCUAUAGACGUGGCAUCUGAAGACGUGGCAUCUGAAGACGUGGCAUUGGUUGACGUGGCAUCUGAUGAUGUGGCAUUUGAUGACGUGGCAUCUAUAGACGUGGCAUCUAUAGACGCAGCAUCUGAUGAUGCGGCCGAGGUUGAAACGCAGGAGAACAUCUCCAGAACCACAGCGGAGCUCCAACACCCUCCCCCUCGCAACAACGCUACGAUUCUGGAGCUGGUGAACGACACGCAGAGCAACUCGUCCUUGGUGACAGGUUUUGCCAAGACAGUUGAUUCCAGGGUGCUCGUCUGCGUCCUGGGUUCAGUCAUCCCGCUGCUGCUUCUGCUCGCGGUGACUUUGGCCAUCGCGAUUGUUCGAUGCAGUCGCUCCAAAAAAGAAGCGAAGAAAAGAAACACCGCGGACGGUUACUGCUGGGUGCCCUCUGGCUUGGACUCGCGUUUAGAGAAACUCUAUGAGUCCAUCUUGACUGAUGACCUAUGACCUGAGAGUGAUAAGGAAAACUGUCGAUGGGAUCAUUGUGUUUAUUUAUGUAAUUUAUGUGGUUGCAACCUCCCUAUAUUAGGCUUUGUGUUGUUGGAAAAAUUAUCAAAUCACUAAUCGGACAGAAAUGUGAAAAAUAUGAAGACAAAUUGUAAAUCUGAAAAGAAACAGCAUCGGAUGUGAUCGGCUUUCUGAUGAGGGGUAAGGUGGCGUAGUUUGGACUGAUCUAUUUGAGUUUAACAAGACAAAAGUUGUCCCAGGAUGUUGAAAGUGAGCUCAUCUUGUAUUUUGUCGUGUGUUCUGCCAUUUUAUCGAUAUUCAUGCUUGAAUGAUGCAUGCAUCAAUAUCUGUUCACUUAAUCUGUGAAGAGCUCCAAGAACAUUCUUGUCUUGAUUGCAUGAUUUAAAUGACGUACUUUUAUUUUUUACAGUAUGUUCACCUUCCCACACGGCCCUGCGAUAACUAAUCUUUUCAUUGUUCACACAUCUGAUGCCGGUGUAAAUGUAAUGUGACUAUAAACACAUGCGUACGUCAGAGUAUCUAAUAAAUACAGCAUGUAGUGUGAUGAUGAAAAUGUGCUAUGAGAGAAAAACGUAAUAAAUAGCUUGCUCUGA